UUGCUGUAAAGGGUUUUUACUUCACAUCAGUCAAAAACGUUACUUUCUGCAGUUUAAGAGGGUUGAAAGAUGGGGGAACUGAAGACAAAUUUGAUAUAAUCAAUUAACGUUGACCCUGAUAAUAAAGAGUAAAUCUGGCUUUUAUGGCCUCUGGAAGUAAUGCUGACAUUCCGGCCUUUGGUCCCUAAAUUUGGCUGCUCCGAGUCCGAGGUUUGAGGAACUCCACCUCCGUGUUUUGUGAUCAGUCCUAGCCUCCGCCAGCAUUUGAUCCAGUCCGGUGGUUUCUUCCCGCUCAAAGCCUUCUUGCUGCAGGGAGGAGCGACCGGAGAGUGCAGCUGAGCUGAGCUGAGCAUCACAGCCCGCAUUCAAGGAAACAGGCAAACACAGCACUUUUUAGACUUUCCAUAAUGCUCUAGCUUCCGUGCUGCACACGUCUUUAAUAAGAAGAAACACAAACACACACACACACACACACUGGAUGUGGAUCCCUAUGGAAACCGUUUGUCUCUGAGAAGCUGGGAGUCUGUGCCCAGUCAAGGGAGACCCCCCCAAUUGUUUCCUGCGCCAAGAACUGUAAAGACACGGUCAUCACACCGCAGCUGUGCGCUGAGACCUCCUGAGAGCUCAGACAAUUACACCGCGCCACUGCAGGCAGUGCUACGGGUAUCAGCGUGGAGCAACACAGUGCCAUGACUAAUGAUGAAAACAAGCACUCCCCGAUGCUAUCUGAACAAUGAACAGCAAGCAGUGAGGACGUGUCAGAGGAUGCUCCUGAUCUGCGGGGCCCAGUGCUGAGGGAGGUCCACAGAGCCAACUGGUCGGCGCCCAUCAUGUCUCAUCACCAACACUACCAGCGAGGCCCCCACGGCCGCACCAUGAGCUCUGAGGAGAGGAGCUCCACGCCAAUCAACAAGACCUCCACACCUGUUCACAAGAGCGCCUCCUCUUCUUCUUCUUCUCAGCGCGACAGCCGGCAGGAGGCUGACAGCUGGGAAAUCAUCGAAGGGCUGAAAAUUGGUCAGAGCAAUGUCCAGAGGCCUGAUAAACACGAGGGCUUUAUGUUGAAGAAGCGGAAAUGGCCCCUGAAAGGCUGGCACAAGCGUUUUUUUGUUCUGGACAAUGGUAUCCUGAAGUACUCAAAGUCCCCCAUUGAUAUCCAGAAAGGUAAACUGCAUGGCAGCAUUGACGUCGGCCUCUCAGUCAUGUCCAUCAAAAAGAGGGCCCGCCGUAUCGACCUGGACACUGAGGAGCACAUCUACCACUUGAAGGUCAAAUCUCAAGAAAUCUUUGAUGCCUGGGUGUCCAAGUUGCGUCAUCACCGGCUUUACAGGCAGAACGAGAUUGUGCGAUCUCCCCGGGAGGCCACCAUGCGAACAUUCCCUCCUCCGGCUGCCAUGGAGUCCCCCCAACCUGCUGCAAGUGUGGUACAUGAAGCAAAGCAGGCCAAGCCAAGCAGCUUGCCGUGGCAGCCGGUGGCCCCAAGCAACAGCAGCAACAGCAGCCUGCCUGCCUCCUACAGCAACGGCCAGAGCAAGGUGGUUGCUUGGCUGCAGGAGUCAGAGGAGAUGGACAAGUGUGCAGAGGAGCUUGCACGGUGCCAGUCCAACCUGACUGAGCUGAGCCGGUUAUUGCAGAGUCUGGAGAUUCUACAAAGGACACAGUCAGCACCCAACUUCACAGAUAUGCAGACCAAUUGUGUAGAAUUGUCAAAGAAAGAAAAGCGCUUGAACAGAAGAUGGAGAACAAAAAGUGUUGGCAAAGACGCAAAAUUCCAGCUUCAGGUCCCUCUGUCUGCCAGCAUGUCCCCUGUCCGUCUCCACUCAUCCAACCCCAACCUGUGUGCUGAGCUGGUGGACUUUCAACCUCCCGUUUCCCGACUGACAGACAGCGUAGAGUGCGCCAGUGACUACAUUAAACUUCAGGAGGAAUUCUGCACCAUCGCACAGAAGGUUCACUCUCUACUGAAGUCGGCCUUCAACACUGUGGCCAUAGAGAAAGAAAAGAUCAAACAGAUUCUUUCUGACCAGGAGCAGUCAGACCAGUCAGCCCAGAUCAACUCUCUCAGGAAGUCUCUGUCACAGGCCCUGUCCCAAAACGCAGAACUUCGAACUCGACUCAACCGCAUCCAUUCUGAAUCUGUCCUGACUGAACAAGUUGUCAGUGUGAACAUCAUCUCCACGCCUGAUGAGACUGAUGGUCUUUCCAGUACGCCAUGUCAGGCUGGGGAACAGAUGGGGAUCCCUCUGACUCAGCAGGCCUCUAAUGAGAGCCGACUCUCCAUGUCGGAGUCUGUCUCAGAGUUCUUUGAUGCCCAGGAAGUGCUUCUGUCAGCCAGCUCAUCAGAGAAUGAGGGCUCAGACGAUGAGUCAUAUGUCAGUGAUGUGAGCGAUAACAUUUCCGAGGACAACGCCAGUGUGACUGAUAACGUCUCCAGACAAAUGGCCAAUGGAGACUUUGCUGGCAGUGCCUUCCGUAACGGGCGACGCACCUGCCUCCCGGCACCAUGUCCUGACACCAGCAACAUCAACCUCUGGAACAUCUUGAGAAACAACAUCGGCAAGGACCUGUCCAAAGUGUCCAUGCCUGUGGAGCUCAACGAACCCCUCAACACCCUGCAGCGUAUGUGUGAAGAGCUGGAGUACAGCGAGCUGCUGGAUAAGGCUGCUGAGACUGAGGAUCCUUUUGAACGCAUGGUUCUCGUCGCUGCUUUUGCCGUCUCAGGCUACUCAUCCACUUAUUACAGAGCAGGAAGUAAGCCAUUCAACCCGCUACUUGGAGAGACUUACGAAUGUAUUCGGGAGGACAAGGGCUUCUGUUUUUUCUCAGAACAGGUGAGCCACCACCCUCCCAUCUCCGCCUGCCACUGUGAGUCUAAGAACUUCACCUUCUGGCAAGAUGUGAGAUGGAAAAACAAAUUCUGGGGGAAAUCAAUGGAGAUUUUGCCAAUAGGAACCGUGAAUCUCAUGAUUCCCAGGUUUGGAGAUCACUAUGAAUGGAACAAAGUCACCACCUGUGUACACAACAUCCUCAGCGGGCGACGGUGGAUCGAACACUAUGGGGAGAUCACCAUCAGAAACACAAAGAGCAGCGCCUGCCUCUGCAAACUUACCUUCGUCAAGGGAAACUACUGGAGUUCAAAUGUGAAUGAGGUUCAAGGAUUUGUGAUGGAUCAAGAAGGGAAAGUAAUCCACAGGCUGUUUGGAAAAUGGCAUGAGGGCCUUUACUGUGGUGUCCCACCUUCUGCCAAAUGCAUCUGGAGGCCUGGCUCCAUGCCCACAGACUAUGAGCUCUACUAUGGCUUCACUAGGUUCGCCAUUGAACUGAAUGAGCUUUGUCCUGAGUUGAAAGAUGUCCUGCCGCGCACAGAUGCCAGAUUCAGGCCCGAUCAAAGGCAUCUUGAAGAAGGGAACCUGGAGUUGGCAUCCUCAGAGAAGCAGCGUAUUGAGGACAUGCAGAGAGCCAGGAGGAAGUGGAACGAGGAGAACAACAUCAAACUGGAGCCACGUUUCUUCAAGAAAGUGGUUGAUGCCAAUCACAGGGAGAGGUGGGUCUCCAACAACAUGUACUGGGAGCUCCGCAAAAACCCUGGCUUCAUCAAUAUGGAAUCUACAGUGAACCUGUGGUAGCAAAUGGAUUGUUUUGUCCAUCCAAUUGUCAUCACACACAAGAAGUCUGUUACCUAUGCACAAUAAGGUGUUAAAAGAAACAUGUUGAUGAUAAAACAUCUGUGUGCAUGGAUAGGAGCGGCUGCAGAGCUGAGAGAUGGCCUGAUGCCUUCCAUGGUUGUCCAUCCAUGGAAACAUCCUGUAGGAUCACCUUCAUUGUGCUUCUCCAAACUGGGUUGUCAGGGCAACAGUUGUACCACUCCUAUGUAGAUCUAUCCUCAGCUCCUUUGACUUCUGAGUAUGUCCUUGCCUUAAAACGACAUGUCACACGAUUUAGCGCUUUUUAGUUGAAGCCAUUUGAUUUCUGACAGCCGUUUGGGUUAGACUAGUCUAUGAAGUAGACAUUUUGAUUACCUACGAUACCAUGCAUGUUUAGAGAGCAGCUUUCACUGGCAUAACGCCAUAUUUAUUAUAUCAUCAAUUAUUGUAGAGAAAAAGAGGUAUUUUUAUAAAAUAUCUUGGACUCAGAAUUUAGUGAAAAAGUACUAUGUGAGUUGGCAGAUUUUAUUUAUUCUUGCCUUUUAAUACUGUUGAAUCUGUGUGAUAGCAGUGUGCUCUCUCGGGAAACAACCUAUUUUACUUCAUAUCCCCUUCUCCCAACUGGCCCUAGCCUCCCUUCAAUCACCAGGCCUCGCCCUGCCCUGCCCCAUUGUCUAAUUAUAAACACCGUUACAUGAAACCAACUCCUCUGAAUCACAUGGUGACAUACGUACAUACAUACCUCCCUUUAUGUAUAGUGGGCACACAUUCAGUCUGUCCUCUGAUUGUAGUGCAGGUAAAUGUCAUGGUGUCAGUGAAAUAUCGGAGACUCGAACAUCAGGCACUUAAAUGUUCAGUCAUUUAAGAUGAUCAAGAUGGUGUACCAAGUUGUACAGAUUUAAAGCCCUCUGAGACACUUUUGUGACUGUGCUUUAUAAAUAGAGACGACGGAUGAAACAUGAGUAACAUCACCUAUUUCCAUCACAAGACCAAAUGCUCAUUUACUGUGCAUCCAGCCACACAGCUGUAGAGCUUAUUUUGAAUAUAAUUUAUUUAAUCAAUAAAUCAAUAAUUUGCUGUCAAAAAUAAUGACAAAUUCCCAUCACAGUUAAAGAAAUGUCUCAAAUUCACAUCCUUGUUCUGACUAACCAAAAAUGUCCAUGAAACAAAGAAGAAUUACCUACAUUACUAAUCAGUUAUCAAAACAGGAAUACAUUUUCUCCUGCUUAAUUAACUAAUUAAUUAAUCAGUCAAUUAUCCAUGAGUCAUUCAGCCACCUUCCUACAGUUAUGAAACAACAGAGACACCUACAGGUCAUCCCAUGAAAAUGCAGUUUCAGGAUACAGAAGGACAGUAUUGUUUUAGAUGGAAAGAGCCAAACACUUUUGUACAGUAACAGUUGUUCUGUACUAGCAUUAAAGUUUAUAUUUUAAUGUGUCUGAUUCCCCAGAGACUUAACUGCUAUGAUGUGGGCUUCUGCAAAGCACCAGUUACUUAUUUGAAGUUUCUAUAUCUAUUGCAAAGCAGAUUAGCUUUAAUGUUUUAACCCCACACUUUUUUUUCAGAGAAAGAAAAUAUAACACGGGGUGUUUGAUUGAAAUCGACCCCAACACACAUGAGCAGUCACAGGUUCUCCAUGUGUAUGAGAGUACAUUUUGAGUUGACUCCCCUCAUUCAGGACUGCAGGGUGAGGACCCUGAAGGAGAGAAAGAGCAAAUACUCACAUGUAGAAUGAAAAUUAUGUGAAGCAAAUCCAUCCUGUGUGCACUGUUCACAUGGUACUGUAGACUACAAACCAAAAAUGUAGUACUGCUUUGCAUCCAUUCUUUUUUUUUUUUAAAUGUACAUUAUGUACUUUUAAUUUUAUCCCCAAUCACAAACUCAAUGCUACUACUUGUCAGCGUCAGUUUCACUUGCUGUGCCUUAAUGCAUUUAUUAAUGCCUCACACUACUGAUAAAGAAUCCCCAUGCCAAGAAGAAGGUAUGCCCUUAACUCCGCACAUUCUCCAGUCUCCACCUGCCUACAGAUUCUAAAUUAUAUUGAGGAGUCAGCUGUGGACAAAAUAGUUUUGAGGAAGAUGUCUGAUGUUACAAGUGGGAAAAAAAAACAGGUUAAUCUGACUGUAAAAUGCUUGCAGUGUUCAAAGAUGUUCUGCACUGCUCUGCUACUCCAACAUAUAACCAAUACAUUUUUGGUGAUCACUGUAAAUACAGCACAUUUAGAAGAUGGGUCAAUACUGCAAAAGCUGAUUCCUUUCUCCUCCUCCAUCACUGAUUUUUUAACAAGACUGAAUCCCAGCAAUUUUGAGUGGAGGUAGGGACAAUGCUUUGCAUAGUGUUUGGUAUCAUAGAGACCAACUGUAGUGAAAAAAAAUCAUGAAAACUUUCUCAUGCUUUCUUCAUCCAUUGUUCUACCUGCAUGUCUAGACAACUUAGCCUGCCAAUGAAUAUUGCAGAUGCCUUAUAAAAAAAAAAGUUUUUGUGUUCUCAAUUUGACUCUCAUGUUUUGUUUUUGUUUUGGACUGACAUGUAUCACAAAGCACUGUGUCAGCUCACCUUUCUUUCAGAUCUACUUUCCUAAUGGGUACCUUCUAAAGUGCAAUUUUAACAAAGUACAUAUCUUUCCAUGAACACUGUACACUGCUGCUACAUAGUGCUUGUUCUAAUAAAACUGUAAAACUCA